AUGCUAAGACCAAAUUAUAAAGUAGAACAUGAAGAUCUUCCUAUUACAGAUCUAUCACAUAAUCCCCCUAAUCAUGAGGAACCUUCUGUUAACCAAUCACAGAUUGUUACCAGAAGUGCAGGUCAGAAAGGGCUCCAGCGUGGUAAAGAGUUUACAAAGAGAUCAAGUCACAGAACUACACACAGAAGAAUUCACAGAGUGGAAAAGCAAUAUUCAUGUUCAGAAUGUGAGAAAUAUUUUACGGAUAAAUCAAGUCUUGUUAAACAUGAGAGACAUCACACAGGAGAGAAACCAUAUCCAUGUUCAGUGUGUGGGAAAUGGUUUACAGAAGAAUCAACUCUUGUUAGACAUAAGAAAAUUCACACAGGAGAUAAACUGUAUUCAUGUUCAGAAUGUGAGAAAUGUUUUAAAAAUUUAUCAAAACUUCUUAGACAUGAGAGAAUUCACACAGGAGAGAAACCAUAUCCAUGUUCAGAAUGUGGGAAAUGUUUUAUAGAUAAAUCACGUCUUGUUCAACAUAAGAGAAUUCAUACUGGAGAAAAGCCAUAUUCAUGUUCAGAAUGUGGGAAACGUUUUAAACAAAGAUCACAACUUGUUUUCCAUGAAAAACGUCAUAUAGGAGAGAAGCCAUAUUCUUGUUCAGAAUGUGGGAAAUGUUUUCUACAGAAAUCGCAUCUUAUUCGACAUGAGAGAAUUCACACAGGAGAAAAGCCAUAUUCAUGUUCAGAAUGUGGGAAAUGUUAUAACGAUAAAUCACAUCUUGUUUUACAUCAGAGGCUUCACACAAGAGAAAAACUGUAUUCAUGUUCAGAAUGUGGGAAAUGUUUUGCACAAAAAUCAGAACUUGCUAUCCAUAAAAGAUGUCACACAGGAGAGAAGCCAUAUUCAUGCUCAGAAUGUGGGAAAAGCUUUACAAAUAAAUCAAGUCUUGUUGUACAUGAGAGAAUUCACACAGGAGAGAAACCACAUUCAUGUUUAGAAUGUGAGAAAUGUUUUGCAGAUAAAUCAAGUCUUGUUAAACAUGAGAGAACUCACACAGGAGAGAAGCCAUUCUUAUGUUUAGAAUGUGGGAAAUGUUUUAAACAAAAAUCAGAACUUGUUUCCCAUGAGAGGAUUCACACAGGGGAGAAGUUAUAUUCAUGUUCAGAAUGUGGGAAAUGUUUUAGACAGAAAUCAAAUCUUGUUACACAUAAGAGAAUUCACACAGGGGAGAAACCAUAUUCAUGUUCAGAAUGUGGGAAAUGCUUUGGCUAUAAAUCAUGUCUUGUCAAACAUGAGCGGAUACACACAGGAGAGAAGCCGUAUUCAUGUUCAGAAUGUGAGAAAUGUUUUAAACAGAAAUCAGAACUUUUUUCCCAUGAGAUUUAUCACACAGGAGAGAAGCCAUAUUCAUGUUCAGAAUGUGGGAAAUGCUUUGGCUAUAAAUCAUGUCUUGUCAAACAUGAGAGAAUUCACACAGGAGAGAGGCCAUAUGCAUGCUUAGAAUGUGGGAAAUGUUUUAAACAGAAAUCAGAACUUUUUUCCCAUGAGAUUUAUCACACAGGAGAGAAGCCAUAUUCAUGUUCAGAAUGUGGGAAAUGUUUUGCACAAAGAUCAAAUCUAGUUACACAUGAGAGAAUUCACACAGGAGAGAAGCCCUAUUCAUGUUCAGAAUGUGGGAAAUGUUUUGCAGAUAAAUCAGGUUUUGCUAAACAUAAGAAAAGUCACACAGGAGAGAAGCAGUUUUGA